AAAAGUAUAAAAAAGUACAAUGACUACAAGUCUACAACGGCAUAACUCAUCAAACUCAUCUUAAAAGCAAGCAAGAAAGUGACAAAAACCCUUUCUAUGCAAACUGCAUAAAACCCAAUGCUCCUUCUGUCUUCUACCUCUUUUUCCCAAAUAUAGAUUCCCCAUCCUCCCAAUGGCCUCCAACCACCACCACCAAUGCCACUGCCAGCCACCCAACCCCACCCCACCGACCACCACCUGCUACUGCACCAUGUGUUACACCACCACUCAUUAUCCUUCUCCACCGCCUCCUCCACCAGACCCACUAGCCCAUUGCUAUUCCUCCAACCUCCACCACCAUCCUCCUCCUCAAACUAAUCUCCACGCGCCACCGCAGAGCCACCACAACAUCCAUACCCAGCACCACGGCUACUAUCCUCCGCCUCCUCCCGCUGACAUCCAUAAAAAACAUCAGCUUUUUCAAAAGUACGUUCAACAAGAAAAUGUUCAAGAAAAUCCACCAUCAGUUGAUUCAACUGUUUCCUCCCUUAUCCAACGCAUCGCCGCCCUUGAAUCCUCCCUUCGCCGCCGCAAACAGUCUCCGGGAUCAUCCUCUCUCCGUAACGCGGCUGCCCGUACUAUACAAAUCCACUUCAGAGCAUUUCUUGUACGGAGAUCCGUAACCCUACGCCAUUUAAAGGAUCUCGCCUGUAUCAAAUCAGCUCUCAAUAACCUUAAAGCAUCCGUUUCCAAUAAAACCCACUUUGAUUUUCGCCUCCUUUCUCGCGAAUCCAUGAACUUGCUCAUCAAGCUCGAUGCUAUUCAGGGUAGUGAUCCGAUGAUUAGAGAUGGUAGACGAUCAAUUAGCCGAGAACUGAUUCGAUUCAUGGAGUUCAUUGAUGAAAUCUCCACAGAAAGCCGUGUAAUUUCAGUCAAGAAUAUCCGAUUCAGUAAAAAUGGUAAGCAAUCUGUGAUCUUACAGCGGGAGCACAAAAUCAGGGCUUCUGGUUCUAGAGCUUUAGGUGAUGAUCGUGACGAAAGAAAAUCUUCUGAAAAUCUGAGAACACAAAUUAAAAAACCCAACAGGGUUUCUUCAGUUCCCAAGGCGGAAGAAGAAAAAGUAGAAAUCUUUGAGGUCGAAAACCCUAGAAAACAUGGCGUUUCCCAAAGUAGAAUUGGGUGUUUGUUGAAAAAUCAACCUAAAGUGAAGAAAAAUGUAAGCUUUGAUGAAAAAGGCAAUGUUUAUAGAGUAAUUAACAGAAAACAUAGCCCUGUUUCAAGUGGCGAGAGUGAUAGCAGUAAUGGCGAUGAUGAAGAAGUCGAAGAAAUUGGAGUUUCUUCAAAAGAACCUGAAAUCGAAGAAGAAGAUUCUUCAGAAAUGAGUGAAAAUGAGAUGGAUCCAAGAAAGAAUUUGGGAACCAGAAUCCAUAAUACAACCAACAAGAAUCAGCCUGAUCAAGAAGGUGAUGAUGAAGAAGAAGAAGAAGAAGAAGAAGAUAGUUUUGUAUUUUCUGCUCCAUUGCCUGCAAAAAUGGAGUACCGAGUUGACUCAGCAAACAAUAAGCAGACUGUAAAACGUUAG